CAAACCAACACACACAUCACAAACACGGGGCAGUGCUGACAGAGAAGGGGAGAAAGGGAGGCAGGGAGCAAAGUAGAGUAGUGAGAAGCAGAGAGAAAGACAUUAAGCAGGGCUCCUGUGAAGAGGAUUCACCUUUGACUGAAUGAAAACUUUCUAGGGAAGACAAAAGAGAUCAUCUAAGAGUCUUGGGGCAUUAGUGAAGAAGACGUCUGAUUUGACCUUCCAUCCAUUGGAUAAACAGACAUUUCUGAGCAUCAUGGAUGGAGAAUCGCCCAGCCAGGAGACAUCCGGGUCCACAGAGACGACCACUCAUACUGACACCAACAACAACAACAACCAGACAGAUGAGCCAGAGCUGGAUGAGAGUAAACACCCAGGAAGAGAGCCUCCAGCAGGGGAGACAGUGGAAGGUCAGGGGGUAAUGGAGGUGGGGGAGAAGGGGGAGGAGGAUUCAGAACCAGAACACAGAGGAGAAGAGGAGACCUGUGCUGAAGACACAGAGAAGCCCCAGGCUAAUGCAUCAAAGCAUGUUGAAGGUGACACUGGAGAGGCUGGACAAGAUAAAGAUAAAGCCUCCAGUGAUGUUGUCGUGAAGGAUACUGAACCGGCGAAUGCAGAAAAAGAUAAGAAGAGAAAGAAGGAGGAAGACAAGAAAGGUGCACAGGUGGAAGAGGUCAAGAACUGUGAGACUGGGAUAGAUGGAGAGGAGAUAAAGGACAAAAACAAAGAGAAAGAGAAGAGUAUAACAGAGGAAAAGGCAAAAGAAACAGAAAAACAUGUGAAUGAAAAUGCAGAAAAAGGGGCAGAGAAGAAAACACAAGUCAAGGAAGUGGAUGUAGAGACGAAAGACAAAAGAAAGAUGAAGGAGGCAGAAAAGCAAGGGAAGCCCAAAAGAAAGAGUGGUCCUCCCUCUUCUCUCUCCCGACCGAGACCCUCCGCGCGCUCUAUCAGAGCAUCCGCUAGAAACGACAUAAUCGCCAAGUUCCAACAAGGUGCACCAGAGACACCAAUGCCCCGCAACUUCAAGAUUCAGAAGUCGUCUACGGCUAUGGCUACAGGAGCUUCGAUCAAACAGAAGAUGCUUCAGUGGUGUCGCAACAAGACUCGCAACUAUGAGGGCGUCGACAUAGAAAACUUCUCAUCGUCUUGGUCUGAUGGGCUGGCGUUCUGUGCUCUGAUCCAUCGUUUCUUUCCCGAUGCUUUUGACUACAGCUCCCUGAAUCCAAAGGAGAGGGAGAAGAACUUCACUUUGGCCUUCCAAACUGCAGAGUCCCUGGCCGACUGCUGCCCUCUGCUGGAAGUGGGUGACAUGCUCAUGAUGGGUAACCACCCGGACCCCAUGUGCGUGUUCACAUAUGUCCAGUCCCUCUGCCACAGCCUCUCCAAAAUAGAGAAAGAGAGGAAGGACAAAGAAAAGGAGGAGAAAGACAAGGCUGGUGAUGAGGGAGGAGAGAAAGGAGAAGAUGCAGCAGGGGAGGUGUCACCGGAGAAGGACGAGGGAGAAGCUACUGAGAACGGGAACCAGGAGGAGAAACAAGGAGAUGUUACAGAGGUUGAGGGAGUUGGUGAGGAGGAAAAUGCCCCAAACAGCUGUGAGAUGGAGGGAGAAGGAGGAGUGUUAGUCGAGGCGGAGUAGAAAAAUACUGGCAACAAAUAGGAAGACUGAAAGACCAAAAAUAGUGUUGAUGGUUGCAGUACUACAAUGAGUAAGUCUUAGUUUGGUGUUGGAUUGACUACUGGAACAGUAAAGAGGCACAUCAGGUUGACUCUGGACUCAGAUGCUGGCAAUGUGAAGUUGAAAGGGUACUAUGCUGUGUUGUUUUUAUUUUCAUUCACUACUGGGUUGUUGUAUAUGUUUGUUUUGAGCACAUGCAGCAGAAAUGAAUUCAAUUCAUCCAUUUGCUGUGUUUAUAGAAAACUAUUAAUUAAAUGAUGGACCUGUGAA